GGGGAUGGUGUUUUGCCGUGGAGAUGGGUGUGGGAUGGGUGUGCCGUGGGAUGGGUGUGUGACAGUGCCGGUGUUACACCGGGACGGAGCCUGGCUUUCCGCGGGCAUGAGCUCUCCACCGCAGAGCUGGGUGGAACAGGGCUGAGCGCCGGGCAGGCUCAGUGAUGCGUGUGUGCUGGCUUGUGGGCAAAGAGAAAUGCGCUCAGCGAGUGAAACUGCCACACUUGGAAGCUGUGGUGGUUGGGCGUGGCCCAGAGACUGGGAUAACGGAUAAGAAGUGUUCACGGCAGCAAGUUCAGUUAAAAGCAGACUGUAACAAGGGGUAUGUCACAGUUAAACAGAUAGGAGUAAACCCAACUAGUGUUGAUCUUGUGAAUAUUGGCAAGGGUGAAGUGGUGAAAAUGAAGCCAGGCCAAGUUCUGCAUAUUGUAAAUAACCUUUACCCCUACACGGUGCAAUUUGCUGAAGAGUCUGGGAAAGCUGUUCCAGAAACAGACAAGAUGCCACAUGAAGGCUCCUGUGAGAAUGAUGAUACUGAGCUUGUGCCCAGAAAAACAAUGAAGCUGGAAGUGGUGGAUACACAAGGCAGUUCUAUAAUUCCAAAGCUUAGCAAUACCAGUGUAACUACACAUGAAGGAACUUCGAGCAAAAAGGAACAUUUAGGACACUGGAGUCAGGGUCUAAAGAGCUCCAUGCAAGAUCCAAAAAUGCAGGUUUACAAAGAUGAAAAGAUUGUAGUCAUCAAGGAUAAAUAUCCCAAAGCACGUUACCACUGGCUUAUCUUACCAUGGGACCCUAUUUCAAGCCUGAAGUCAGUCACCAGGGACCACCUUGCACUUCUGGAACAUAUGCAUUCCGUUGGGCAAAAAAUGAUUGAACAGUGCCCUGCCCGAGAGAGCCUGGAGUUCCGACUGGGUUACCAUGCUAUCCCCAGUAUGAGUCAGCUACAUUUGCAUGUAAUCAGCCAGGAUUUUGAUUCUCCAGCCCUGAAAACCAAAAAGCACUGGAAUUCUUUUACUACAGACUACUUCUUAAACUCUCAAGAUGUGAUAGAGAUGGUAAGAAGCAAGGGAAAAGUAAUGGUGAAAGACCAUACCUCUGAACUUCUCAAACUCCCCCUCAGAUGCCAUCGCUGUAAACAACAGCUGUCCACAAUCCCACAGUUAAAGGAACAUCUUCGGAAACACUGGCCAAAAUGAUUUUGCAAAAAAUAAUCUUUCAAUCUGUCUUCAGAUUUCAAGCCAACACAAAGACGACAAAAUGUUAAUGGAAAUGUAUGUUUAUUAACUAGAGUGACAUGUUGUAAUGUGGGGAAAAGUGGCCUGGAAACAGCAGCAUACUAAUUUAGUAAUAGCUUCAACAAAACCUCAAGCCCUCUUCUUCCUUCCUACUGAAAAUGUAAAUCAAGUGACUUCAGAAAUGGAAGCUUUUUGGUUGCAGCUUUAUUGUUGUACAGUCACACUAAUCUGUAAGUGAACUGAGGUCUGGGAGAAGUGCUUUGUUUGGAUGAAAGGAUUUAUUUUAAUUCAGAAGCUGAACUGAGCCCAGAUCUAGGUUUCUACUGAGAAAGGAAAGAAACAAUGAUCUAGAGGUCUUUCUCUUGACAUUUUCUGCUUACCACUGAAGUUCCUCCUGUGUGUUAAUGUUGCAGGCAGUGGUGUGGCUGACAGAAUGUACUGUCAGUGGAGAGGCAGGAGCAGCAGCUGAUUACCCCCACUUCGCUGAAAGGCCUGACUGUUCAGUGCUGCUGAACUGCCCCUCAGCUUGGGGACAGCCACUGCUCAGGCUCUAAGUGGAGCAAAAAUCUCAUUUGGGUACAAGGAUGUAUUUAAACAUUUUUUAUGUAAUACAUUUGUAAUACACAAUGACCAGCUUUACUGCUUCCUAGAGUAAUAAAACGAUCAAGGUUUGCA